AGGUUAGUUUAUAUCUCGCACUGUCAGAGUAGAGAUGCAACGCUCUCUCCUCGUAGUCGCUCGCGAACUUCGCUGACAUGAUCGAGGUGUAACAGAGAGAAAAGCGAAAGACAGUUUUAAGAUCGUUCGUUCUCGGGACUUUGGCCACCACGAUGAAGGUGACAGUGGCAAUAAGUGUGUUGGCAAGUGUUUUAACCACAACAAUUGCUCUAAUUUACAAUGCACCCGAAAACUGUAACUGGAAUUAUCGUGACAGUAACCAAAAAGACGUGACUCUAUCUUGUAACUUGAGAACCAUUGGCAGUGACUUUGACACGAGCAAUUUCUCGAUUUCGCAAAGUGAACACACAACCGACCUGGAAAUUCUGUGCAGUGAUGUCUUGUUUUUCCAGUCGUCUCUCCAGCCUCGUGUUUUCCAGCGGUUAUUUAAUCUCGAUACCAUCACGAUCGAGUAUUGUAAAUUGACUGGACUCCCGGCUGGAACUUUCCUCGGACUGGAUGCCAUGAAAAUGCUAACAGUGAGAACGCAUAACAGUGACUGGAGUGCCAUGGCUCUCGAACUCAGUCCCGAUAGUUUGGUUGGAAUGCCCCAUCUGGAACGCUUAGACCUGGGUCAAAAUAAUAUCUGGAAUCUGCCCGAACGUGUCUUCUGCCCACUGCCCGGUCUCCGGCACUUGAACCUCACUUGGAAUCGCCUUCAAGAUGUGUCAGAAAUUGGGGUUACCGGCAGUUGCGGUGCACAUUUGGUCACCCUUGACCUCUCUGGAAAUGACCUUGUUGUCCUUCCAGAGGCUGGACUGGCCGGCCUGGAAUCUCUACGUGAACUUUACCUUCAGUAUAAUGACAUUUCCAUGUUGGCAGAUGGGGCGUUCCUGGCUCUCAAUUCUUUGAACGUCCUCAACAUUUCCAGCAAUCGUCUCGUUGCCCUUCCCCCCGAAGUGUUUAACGAGACCUUAGGGCUGACAGAGCUCUACAUGCAUAACAACACCAUCAGCGUUUUAGCCCCGGGACUUUUUGCAGCCCUCAGCCGUCUGACUGUCUUGGACAUGUCCCACAAUCAACUGACUUCCGAAUGGGUGACGGCCGAGACAUUCCGAGGGUUGGUGAGACUCGUUUUCCUGAAUCUGAGUCGUAACCGCCUGUCGCAGGUCAACCUCGACAUGUUUCGUGACCUGUCGGCUCUCCAAGUUUUGGAUUUGAGCCACAACCAGCUGACUGUCAUCGGCGACAUGACAUUCUCUCCCCUGGCCAACCUGCACCGACUGGACUUGAGUUACAACAGACUGAUGGGUUUGGAAGGCAGGAGUUUAUUGGGUUUGCACGUGUUGUCCUCUCUCUCCGUCGCCCACAACAACAUCUCCCGCAUCGCCCCCGAUGCCUUCAACAACUGCACGAAUCUUCGUGACCUGCGGCUCGAGUACAACUUCAUGGAAUCGAUCCCCGAGGCCGUUCGUGCAGCGGAGUACCUCCGUACUUUAAAAAUCAGCCAUAACGUCAUAACGAGUGUAACCAAGGAUGACCUCACCCCCCUGAGCGGUCUGAGGCAUCUAGAUAUGUCUAAUAAUCGUCUGAAAGGUUUGUGCAAAUCAUGUUUGGGUGGUCUGGAAUACCUGGAAGUUUUAGACUUGUCUCGUAACGAGUUAGGAUCAGUGCCGCACGGAGUGUUCGAUACCAAUACGAGAUUGCAGUUGUUACGAAUGGAUGGAAAUAAGAUGAGUGAUAUCAAUGGCUUAUUUGCUUCCCUGCCUAAUCUCUUGUGGCUUAAUGUGUCUGACAAUCGCAUCACGUGGUUCGAUUACGCCCUCAUCCCCAAUCAGUUGCAGUACCUCGACCUCCACGACAACAAGAUCAGGGACCUGGGAAAUUACUUCGGCUUGGAAGGGAAACUGGAACUGAGAACACUAGAUGUAAGUCAUAACCAACUAGAAAGUCUUGGUGGUCCGUCUGUGCCGGACAGCGUUGAACUUCUUUUUGUAAAUAGUAAUAAAAUCACUCGCAUUGGUGCAGGAACUUUUGCUAACAAAAAUAAUCUCUCUAUGGUUGACUUAUAUGAUAAUCUUCUCAGUAAGGUUGAUUUGAACUCUAUCAAUCUCCCACGUGUCCCAGAAGACCGUGACCUUCCCGAGUUUUAUAUAGGUGGCAAUCCCAUCUUCUGCGAUUGCAACAUGGAAUGGAUGCAUCGUGUCCAUCAGAUCAGCGGUUUGAGGCAGCAUCCACGCGUGAUGGAUUUAGACAAGGUAAUCUGCACUCUCCCCUACCCUCGUACUGAGGAGAACCGAAUUCCUUUCUUGGAGACGCAGCCAUCUCAGUUUCUGUGUCCCUACACCUCCCACUGCUUUGCCCUUUGCCAAUGCUGUGAUUUCAUCGCGUGUGACUGCCAGAUGACAUGCCCGAAGGGAUGCUCUUGCUACCAUGAUGACACUUGGGCCACUAACACCGUCGACUGUUCUGCCAGAAAUCACCACCAGCUCCCGGAUGACAUACCCAUGGAUGCCACAGUUGUUUUCAUGGACAACAACGAGAUGCCAACCCUUGAUGCCCACCACCUCAUCGGCAGAAAAAAUCUAAGGGCUCUUUACAUCAACAGUUCAAGGGUGGAGAGGAUCCAAAACCGCACUUUCCACGGCCUUUCCUCCCUCAAAGAACUUCAUCUCCACGACAACAUGUUGGCAGAAUUGCACGGGUAUGAAUUCGAACACCUGGAACAUCUACGUGAGUUGUACCUUCAGAAUAAUCGGCUGAAGAUAAUAAAUAACGCCACCUUUACCGGUCUCAAGGCUCUCGAAGUUUUGAGGCUGGAUGGGAACUUCAUCUUUGACUUCCCGGUGUGGCACCUGAAGCUCAACUCGGGCCUCAAACACGUGGCACUCGGUGCCAAUGCAUGGUCGUGCGAGUGCCGGUAUAUGGUGGACUUUAAAAACUGGCUUAUUAGGGAAACAGAUGUUGUUCACGAUGCCAAAUCUAUCUUUUGUGUAUCCAAUUCCUCUGGGGACCCCGGUCCUUAUGUGCUUGAAAGUUCAUAUUCAUGUGAAAACUUUGUUGCAACAUCCAUUGUGCAAGAAAAGCUAGAAAAUGAUUUCUUGCAACCAGUGUUAAUUACUCUCGGCAUAUUUUUCGUUGUAUUAAUUGUGGGUGUUGUGUUUGCUGUAUUCAGAGUCCGUCUGCAACAAAGUGUGUCUAAGAAAUGUGGGCUGAAGUGUUUCCCGUCGCAGCCGACCCCUCCCAAGGAAGACGAGAGGAACAUAGUGUACGACGCUUUUAUCAGUUACAGUGAAAUGGACGCUCCUUUCGUCACCGAGAUCUUCGCUGCUGAGCUCGAGAACGGCGACCCCUCCUACAAGCUGUGCCUUCCCUCCAGGGAUUAUCAGACCGUCGGUACAUACGUGGGAGACUUUAUUGUCCAUUCCAUCGAAUCAAGUCAUAAAACUGUUCUAGUCUUAACGAAAAAUUUUGUCGACCACGACUGGUGUAAAUUUUCAUUCAAAGCCGCCCACCUGGAGGCGCUGAAAAACUUCAAAAACCGCGUGAUUGUCGUGAUGUGCGGGGAUGUGAACGAGGGCGAGAUGGACUCCGAUCUCGCCUCCGUCGUGAAGGGCGCCACCAAACUGAAGUACGAAGACAAGUCCUUCUGGAGCAAGCUGCACGCCUCCCUCCCCAGCGGCGCCAACAAGAUCUCGCAGCAGUGUUACAUCACCGAGACCAACUACAUCAUGAGGAACAGCGUGCCCGUCUUGUCGCCCAACCACACUCUCAAGCAGGGGCAGUUGGUGCCCAACAUGGUGCUCACGAAUGCCAUCAAGACCCCAGUCACCCACUAUCACCAGCAGCCUCCUCCUCACCCUCACUAUCACCAGACACAGCCGUCCAUAAGCAGUGACCCGGGGGAACUGGACAAAACCUUCGUCAGUGUCGAGACGGCCCAGUCUAGUCUCGCCCCGAGUCUAAGUCAUUCCUACAUGUCCAUCGACUACGGGGCCGCCAGAAAUUCCCACAUUUAUGCCUCCAUUGACGAGACUACCCCAGCACUUCCCCCGUCCACGCUCCCUUCAGUGCACACGCUCCAUCACCACCUCCGUCAGCAACAGCAGCAGCAGCAGCAGCAACAGCAACAGCAGCAGCAGCAGUCACAACAGUCACCUUCCCCUCCCCACCAGUACCUUCCAGUCAGUAACAGUCAACAGCGACGGCCUCUGACUGGGGGGGUGCCCCCCAUUCAGGCUUUUGAUCAGCCAGCAGUCACGGCGUCCUAUUUCAUAUAAACUGUCAGAUUAUUAAGAAAAAAGAAGUAAUUUAUAUUAUUAUUAUUAUUAUAAUGAUUAAUCUUGGUAUAUGUGAGAUUUAAAAGAAUUAUCUAUAUAAAUAUAUAUAAAUCUAUGUCCUUGUUGGCAGCAGUAUGUAUGUCAUGUCUGUUGGAUGUGUCUAAAACAAAAAAAAAUGUCGUGAGGACCAAAACGUGAAUGGAUCAAUUACUAUUAAUUAAUCAAUAGGUGUAAUAGUGUUGUAGUUGACCGUCAAAGCUAAAAUAAAAAUAAAAAAAAGCAAAAACAAACGGAGAAGUUGGUGAGAGACUUCAUGAAGGGGGAAGAAGAAAACCGAUCUUGUGUUAAUUGUUUGUGUCUAGUCAAAACAUAAAUAAAAAUGGAAAAAACUUUUUUUUUUCAAUGAGACAGCAUCUGCUCUAGUGCCUUCAACUGACGGCCUUUGUUGCAACAAUGUUUUGGGCUGAUGAUAUAAUAUAAUUAUGUGUGUGGACGUAGCUUCAUGCGUAGCGUAUAUAUGGCUCUUUGCUGAUUAUGUCGGAGAAAUAUUAAAAAAAUGAGGAACAUUUGUAAAUACUGUACUAUAAUUUAAUAUGUAUAAAUCGUGAUACUUAUGGCCAAAGUGUGAUAAUAUUUAGCUGUUACAUUAAGCUCAAGUCAUGAGUUUGAACGGGUAUUUUUAUAAAAUCAAAUAAUUACAAAAAAUAAAAUGAUGACUUGUUAAAA